AAACAUCCGGGUUCUCUGCUUGGAGGACUUGGGUCUAUUACCCGUCCUCUCCCGGGCACUGUCUCUUGCCCCGGCCCUUCCCUCGCCCGCUGCUCCUAGGCGCGCGCGACUCGCGCGAGCUUCAGCGACGGGAGCCCUCGAGGGACAUGGCAACUCCAGCCGCGCCGGCCGGCGGGGCCCGAAGCGGAGCUGGCCCAGAAUGGGGAGGGUUCGAAGAAAACAUCCAGGGCGGGGGCUCAGCUGUGAUUGACAUGGAGAACAUGGAUGACACCUCAGGCUCCAGUUUCGAGGACAUGGGUGAGCUCCAUCAGCGCCUCCGCGAGGAAGAGGUAGAUGCUGAAGCGGCUGCUGCAGAUGAUGAGGAUGGGGAGUUCCUGGGCAUGAAAGGCUUUAAGGGACAGCUGAGCCGGCAGGUGGCUGAUCAGAUGUGGCAGGCAGGAAAGAGACAAGCAUCCAGAGCCUUCAGUUUGUAUGCCAACAUCGACAUCCUGAGACCCUAUUUUGAUGUGGAGCCUGCUCAGGUGCGAAGCAGGCUACUGGAGUCCAUGAUCCCCAUCAAGAUGGUCAACUUCCCCCAGAAAAUUGCAGGGGAGCUCUACGGCCCUCUCAUGCUGGUCUUCACACUGGUCGCCAUCCUUCUACAUGGGAUGAAGACGUCGGACACCAUAAUUCGGGAGGGCACUCUGAUGGGCACAGCCAUUGGCACCUGCUUCGGCUACUGGCUAGGCGUCUCAUCCUUCAUUUACUUCCUCGCCUACCUAUGCAAUGCCCAGAUCACCAUGCUCCAGAUGUUGGCGCUUCUGGGCUACGGUCUCUUCGGGCACUGCAUUGUCCUGUUCAUCACCUACAACAUCCACCUCCACGCCCUCUUCUACCUCUUCUGGCUGCUGUUGGGGGGGCUGUCCACCCUGCGCAUGGUGGCAGUGCUGGUGUCUCGCACCGUGGGCCCCACCCAGAGGCUGCUCCUGUGUGGCACCCUGGCCGCCCUCCACAUGCUCUUCCUGCUCUAUCUGCACUUUGCCUACCACAAGGUGGUAGAAGGGAUCCUGGACACGCUGGAGGGCCCCAACGUCCCACCCAUGCAGAGAGUCCCCAGGGACAUCCCCGGUGUGCUCCCUGCUGCCAGGCUUCCUGCCACCAUGCUCAAUGCCACAGCCAAGGCUCUUGCAGUGUCCCUGCAGUCACACUGACCAGCUGAAGUCCAUGGCCAGCCCUGUUGUCCCGGUUUUGGAGCAGAAGAUUAAAGGACAGGACUCUGUCUCUUACUGGGGUCUGCAGCCGUUGCUGAGCUAUACCUACUUAGGUGCCUCCAUGAGACCUUUCCAGGCUUCUGAAAGGCACAAGUCUGGGAACGCCUGGCUAGGACUGCCAGGCUCUGGAGCCAGUGUGGAAAGUGGGUCAGCACCCUGAACCCCCCCCAUGUUGCUAAUUAUAGACUCAGUAAUUAAAACACUGCUUGAGUCUGGAACUACA